UCGGCCUCUCCGCCGGCGGCGCCCUCCUUGGCACUCCGGGCUGGGGGUCGUUCGGCCCCCCGGCGUCGGAGCCCGGACUGGAGCAGCGACUGGAGCCGGAGUCGGAUCAGAACCCGGAACUGGAUCCGGAGCCGGAGCCGGAGCCGGAGCCCCGGGCGCGGGCCAUGGCAGGCCCAUGGCAAAGCUGACCCCCGGAAGUAGCCACAGGCCCCGUUUGUAGGAACCACGAGCCCUCCCGGAGGACCAAACCGUACAGCCGCGGCCAGACGAUCGGUCCCGUGCCUCCCGUCCGCCCGGGGUGCCAAAUCGGUUGGCCUCGGGCUGCCAGCAGGGAAGCGGGAGGACCAAAGCCACCGAGCCCAGCAUGACAUCACUCACAAAAGAUCCCAGCCAGGAAGACCCGGCCGCCGUCCCCGAGGAGCAGUCCAAGGGGAAGUCAUUCUUCGGCUUUCUUACGCACCGCAGCGAAAAAUUGGUCCUCUCCCGGAGCGACAGCGCCCCGGAAGAGAACGUCCUGAAGAUCACCAUCACCGAGACAACCGUCAUCGAGUCCGACUCGGGGAUAUGGAACUCACACGCCCUUCUCUACCUCGUCUUGUGGUUCUUCUUCAGCUUCUGCACCCUGUUUCUCAACAAGUACAUCCUCUCCCUGCUGGAAGGGGAGCCCAGCAUGCUCGGUGCCGUUCAGAUGCUCUCCACCACCUUCAUCGGCUGUAUUAAAAUUUUUGUUCCCUGCUGCUUAUACCAACACAAAACCCGGAUAGCGUACCCACCCAAUUUCAUCAUGAUCAUGCUCUUUGUGGGCCUUAUGAGGUUCGCCACAGUGGUCCUAGGCCUGGUGAGCUUGAAGAACGUGGCCGUUUCGUUCGCCGAGACAGUGAAGAGCUCAGCCCCGAUUUUUACCGUCAUCAUGUCCAGGAUGAUCCUCGGCGAAUACACUGGUCUGCUGGUGAAUCUGUCCCUCAUUCCCGUCAUGGGAGGGCUGGCCCUCUGCACAGCUACGGAGCUCAGCUUCAACGUCCUGGGAUUCUCGGCUGCGCUGUCUACCAACAUCAUGGACUGUCUACAGAAUGUUUUCUCCAAGAAGCUGCUCAGUGGGGAGAAAUACAGAUUUUCCGCCCCGGAACUCCAGUUCUACACCAGCGCGGCGGCGGUCAUCAUGCUAAUUCCAGCGUGGAUCUUUUUCAUGGAUGUGCCUGUGAUCGGUAAGAGCGGGAAGAGCUUCAGCUACAGUCAGGACAUCAUCCUGCUGCUCCUGAUUGACGGCGCCUUGUUCCACCUCCAGAGUGUCACCGCCUAUGCCUUGAUGGGGAAGAUCUCCCCGGUCACGUUCAGCGUGGCCAGUACUGUGAAGCACGCCUUGUCCAUCUGGCUGAGUAUCAUCGUUUUCGGGAACAAAAUCACCAGCCUGUCGGCCGUCGGGACGGUCCUGGUGACCGUCGGCGUCCUGCUGUACAAUAAGGCUAAGCAGCAUCAGCAGGAGGCCAUCCAAAAACUCCUCAGGACCAGCAGCCAGAGCCCCACCGACGACGCCGAGCCGCUGAUUUCCAAGGACCCGAAACCUUAUCGUUGACGUCAUCUAGGGAGCUUGUUCCGCUGCCCGCCAGAAGGCUCCUUAGGUACUCCUUCCCUCCCCUGUGGGGCUGCUGUCCGGGCUCUGCCCCUCCCGCACCCAUUGCUCCUUUGGAUCUGCAGAAGGGUCAAAGGGCGUGAGUGAGUGAAGGGGUCAAGGCAGGAGGGACAGGCCGCGGGCCAAAAAGGUUUCCGACCCUUUCAUCUCUGAGAUUAAAACCACUGCCCCCUG